AUGGACCAAUUUGCGCUCAUCGUCAAGAACUACCACCGCCACCUGGGGAAGUAUUCACCCACUGUGAAAGUGGCUAUUAUUGAUGACGGAAUCGACCCUCUCCAAGCAAAUCUGCAGGAGAACAUCGAUGGUGGAGCUUCCUUUCACCACCGGCCUGGUCGUCCUGAUCGCCCCAUUUACUACUGGUCCGCACCUGGUGGUCAUGGUACGGAAAUGGCCAAGCUGAUUUGUCGUAUCUGUCCCAAGGCGUGCUUAUGCAUUAUCCACCUCGGCGAGGGACUUGGGGAAGAAGAAGCGCGACAGAUCAAACCAGAAACAGCGAUUGAGGCGAUCAAAUGGGCUACCACUGCCGGUGUGCACAUCAUCUCUAUGAGCUGGAGCAUAAUACAAAGCAAGAUGUCCGGGGACCCAUAUAGUGCGGCCACCAUCGAUGAUGAAAAAUGGUCCAAGACUGGUGCACAGAAACUGGACUUUUAUCCACCUGGUGAAAACCUACCGUUACGGGAUCAGCUGCACCCUCAUCAGUUUCCACUGCAGUCACUGUCCGGUAGUUUAUUAGCGACAGCUGUUGCAGCUAGGCUAGCCGCAUUACUGCAGUACUGCAUGGGAACUGCAGCGAGAAAGCCCGAGAACAAGCCGGAUCCCGAGAUCCCCGAAAUCCACAAAUACUUGGCGACACGCAAUUACUUGACACGCUUAAGAGAGUUGAGGAUCGGUAUGCUUGGGUUGCCUCUAAGCUUCAGAGAAGUCAUCGAUGAUGUGGAUACUCGCCCUAAUGAAUCUGCAGCUACUUAUGAACGAGAGGCCACCCCUGCAUUGCUUCUGUCUUGCCCGGUCCGAUGGUGA